AUGAACGCAAGAUGGCUGCCAAUUUAUGUGAACGCAAGGACGAGUAGAAAACUGAUAUGCGUUUGUUGGAUUUUUAUGCCGUUUUUACUGUGAUAAUACCGUUACGAUUUUAACAUUAUUGUUGUGUAUGUGUUCCCGUGAAAUUUGUUAAGUUAUCGAUGGUUUUAACAUCAAAUGUGCAAUAUUGCGUUGGAAGGCAUAAAAAAUGUUUAGUGUUGAAUUGUGAUUAUUAUUUAAGCAGUGAGGAUCCUUUUUGGGCUGUUAUAAUGCCUGUUGUUGGAUGAUAUUGGUGAUUACACUUUCGCGGCAAUGGAAAAGGCGAAGGCGUACAUAAAGAGCUCGCUGAACGCGGGCGGAGGCGGCGGCGGCGCGGGCGCAGGCGCCGUGAUCGCGGGCAAGUCGCCCGCCUCGCCCGCGCGCCGCGACCCGCCCGCCGAGGAGCGCGUGUGCUUCGUGUGCGGCGUGGCGGGCUUCAGCGACCAGUACACCAUCCGCGUGAAGCCUGACCCGCAGAGCUCCGAACCGUACUUCCCUUUCCUGGGAGCUGCCCAUUCCGCCCCCACUGGCUACCGCACCGAGGGCGACGAGGAAGGGACGGUGCGCUGCUGCUACGUGUGCUACACCCUUCUGCGGCAGCAGUGGGAGCAGUACGACAGGGAGAACAAGCCGCACAGUCAACGGUUCUAUUGGAUGAAGAGGCUCGAUGGAAAACCUUUUAUUGGUGCAGACAUGACUUUCCAAGGCGAAUACGCGGCGCAGGUGCUGGGGCUGGGCGCUGAGGCGAACGCCACAAGAGACGAGCCCUCCAACCCCUCUGCAGCGAACCCUCGCCCCGCGUCCCGCGCUCUGCCCGACCCGCCUACCAGAACCGCCUCGCCCAAGAAGGAUACCAACCACACUGCCAAAUUUAAUAAUCAACGGUAUCCUGCGGGCGGGGCGGUCGGCGCGACGGGGACAGGCGGCGAGGAAGAGGUCCUAGACUUGAGAGCUCGGGACCCUUCCGUUAUCUCCGUAGGUUCGCAGCACUCUGGCGCUUCAGAGCCGGCGGGGUACUUGGACGCUGUGAGGUCAACGGUGUCCGUGUACUCCGGCAACUCGACGUCCAGCUCGGAGCGGGACAUCCUCGACCUGUCGAUGCCGGACAAGAACUGCAUGACGGAGGUGUGCUACGUGUGCGGCGACGAGUACAAGCGCGGCACGCUCUACAACCUGCACACCAAGGAGCCCAAGGAUAAGACUGUCUCGAAUAAACAGCCAUACUUCCCAAUCUUCGGCGAGCAGCACCCGCGGCCGCCGCGCUCCCGGCCCAAGGACGCGCAGGGCACCGUGCGCGCGUGCGCCGCGUGCCACCAGCACCUGGUGCAGCAGUGGAAUGCUUACCAGAUGCGCGGCGUGCCCGCACACGAGCGGGUGUACACUCUACGCACGCGGCCGCCGUCGCUCCUCCCCCCGUCCCCCCUCAGCCUCUCCUCCUCCGGUGACAAGUCCAUCGCGACGCACGCGCACUCGCCCUCGCUGGACCGACCCCCGUCGCAGACCACGGCCUUCGUGUGCUACGUGUGCGGCGUGUCGGCGCCGAGCUCGCACCUGCGGCUGAUGUACUGCUGUUCCAACCCCGAGAGGGAGCCCUUUUACCCGUUCAUCACGACCCUGAAGGCGCACCCUGACGCCAGUCCUAUUAGUCCACAAGGCAUGGUGCAGAUCUGUGCCUCGUGUAACAAAAGUAUCCCGCACAAGUACCCCGCUUACGGCGACAGUGGAGACGCCAACGCUGCUACCAACAACUCGCAUACCAACAAUAUUAGAUUUAAGCCAUAUGAAUUAAAGCCGGGACAGACGGUUAGCAAUAAGCGGCCCUCGAGCGCGCUCGCGCCGAGUCCGCACAGCCAAAUCAUCGCUGAAAAUGGAAUGGGACGGUACCGGUGCUACGUAUGUGCGGGCCUUUACCCCCAACAGUCGAUGGAGUGGCUGUCGACGAACGCGGAAUACAUGAACUCGCACGCGAUGCAUUUCCCCUGCUUAGCAGGCGCGGGCGCGGGCGCGGCGGAGAGCGUGGCGCGCGGCGGCCGCGUGCUGGCGUGCUCGCGCUGCGUGCGCCACAUGGCGCGCCAGUGGGAGCUCAUGGACGCGGAGAGAGUGCCGCUGGAGCAUAGGAGAUACAACAUCCCAUCACCAAUGCCGUCGAACUCGUCGUUGAACGGCGAACGAGUCAUACCCACCCCACCCUCCACAACCUCCGAUAGAACUGUAGCUAGUCAUAAUGCGUGCACGUCAAUCUACUGUUACCUGUGCGGCCUGCACUCCGACCUCACGUUAGCGCGAGUGUUGUUCGGGCAGCCGCAAGGCAACGCGCCUUACUUCCCCUGCCUACUCACGCAUCAGCAGCACGCAAACGCGGAACAGCUGAAGGAGAACGGCUCGGCUCUAGUCUGUACAUUCUGUUACCAUUCGCUGCUGAAUCAGUGGAGGAGGUACGAAGCGCUGGGCGGGUGUCCGGCGGAGCGGCGCGUGUACAACACGCACGACUACCACUGCUACCUGUGCGGGAUCAAGACCUACAGGAAGCGGGUGCGCGCGCUGCCCAUCAAGGAGUUCCCCUUCCUCAUGCACCGCCGCACCGAGAACUCGCUGCUGCUGGAGAACGGGGACUACGCCGUCGUGUGCCUCGACUGCUACGAGAGCCUAAGGACUCAAGCGGCAGACUACGAGCGGCGCGGCGUGCCGGUCGAGAAGCGCGAGUACAAUUGGCUGCAGCAGCCGCCGCCGCCCGAGGACAGCGCCGAGGUCACCAUCGCCAGGCUACCCUCCGGUGAUCGCUCCGAGAAGCUUAUCCCUCAAUCGCUAGUGGUGUCGCGGAGUAAACGGCACAGUCCUAAACAACCCACGGUGGAGAGGCGCUCCUCGUCAAAGCUCGACAAACCCGAUACAGGUGCGAGCGCUAACAAAAUCGCGAAACGCACGGACCUAGCGCCCAAUAAGGGCGGCCCGUUCGCGGCGGCGUUGCGUACGCUCGCCAAGAACGCGGGCCCCGACGUCAAAGACGGCGCGGCGCCCGUCAGUGCAGAGCGGGGGGAGGGCAACAAGGACAAGCCGCCGCCUGCGCCGCCCAAGCGCGCCUCGCCUGCCCACCACCUGCCCACCAGCGGUUUCCAGCCCUACCGACCCGACGACCGGUUAGCGCACCCAGCGGCGGCUUCGUUCCCCCUACUAGAGCCGGCCGCCUACUCGCACUACGCGCACCCCUCCAUCUACUCCAACGCGGCGCUGCAAUACAGGCUCGCGGCGGAGGAGCAGAUGUACCUGGAGCGCGUGUUCCGCGGCGGCGUCGGCAUGGGCGUCGGCUGGUUGCCGCCCUACGCGCUCUACCCGCAACUGGCGCCGCCCAUGCCGCUCGUAGCGCACGCGCCGCACGCGCACCCGCACGCGCAUCCGCACGCGCCGCACGCGCACCCGCACGCGCCGCACCACGCCGCGCACGACGACCGGGAGAAGGAGAUCGCGCUGCAGAGGGAGAGGGAGAGAGAACGGGAAAGAGAAUUAAGAGAGCGAGAACAGCGCGAGAAGGAGCAGCGGGAGCGCGCCGCCCGCGAGAAGGAGUCCCGCGCGCGCGACGCGCUGGCCGCCGCCGCGCUGCACGCGCCGCACGCGCUGCCGUACGCGCUGCCGCGCUCCGUGCCGCCGUUGCUGUACCGCCCCUACCGGCCCUACGCCUACGAGGACGACGAGGAGCGCGCUAGGUCGGGCAAAGCGAGCCAACCAGUAGCCUCCGCCGAAGAAGAAAUGCCAUCCACAACUUUGGAACCCACUGUUACAUCAAAUUCACCCAUAGCUAAGCCUCCUGAAACACCAAAACCCGAAGAACCUCCACCUUUUCUAGACAAACCUAGCUUUGCACCGCCAAAACCUAUACCUCAUUCGCCAAAAAUUUCUCCAUCUUCUAUACCCAACCCAAAUCCUAGCGUCACGACUACGAAGCAAGUUGAAUCAAGCUAUACAAACUAUGGCGGAUAUUUAUAUUCAGUACCUGGAUAUUCAGCAUUUCAACCAGUUGCGUAUCCGGGAAUGGUAAAGCCAAAUACAACAACGAUUUCGCAAAAUGAAACGUGUAACACCGAGUUUAUUACUUUUCCUUCAUCUACGAAAGAAACAACAACAUCUGUUUCUGAAGAAAAUAUAACAGAAGUUAAAACAACUGAAAAACACUUACAGAGUGAAGCACCUAAAACAGAAACAGACUUUGAAGAAAAAUUCAUUCCUGAAAUCGUUCCUGCCACUCAACCAAGUGAAACGAAUAAAACUUUGCCUUCAGAAUCAAAAAUGAAUGUAACACCGAUAAAUCAAGCUUCAAGUACCAUGGCUACAGUGCCUACACAAAUUUCCAAUAAAGAUAUAAAAAAGAAACCACCUGAAAGAUUUAGUCUUAAAACCAGUAUACCUAUAAGUAAAAUUGAUAUGAAAUGUGUAAGUAAUCCUCCAGAUUCAAUGUUCCAAAACUACUUACCAAAAAAGCCAUUUAAUCCAGCUUUUCAUACUCCAAAUAUAAAAGAAAGUGGAUCCAAAAUAGAAAUACAGAGUAAUAUUGUAAUAAAAAGCGCUUUAAGGGACACUGAAGAAAAUGAGACGCCAAUCAUGUCAACACCUUCUAACAGUAUUAAUACAUUAAUUAAUGCUGCAGAGGCUAUAAAUAAGACUGAAUCGCAGUUCAAAAAACCUGAUCCCAAGCCUGACCAGUCGAUUGAAAAUAAAGAUUCUUCAUUUACGAGCCCGUCUGUAAAAGUACAGGCACGACCAAUAUUUAACCCUUUAAACAUAGAAACAACCAAAGCAAACUUACCACCUAAACCAUUAGAUACGACUUAUAGCGAAACAAAAAACCAAAUAGUGUUUAUACAAAAAAAUAAUCCUUCCAAUCCAAAAAUGCUCUUAACCAUUCAGCAACAAAAUCCUCACGUACUGUUACAAAGAACUGAUUUCAAUCCAAAAAACCUGGAAGCUCCUUCACGACCGUCCAGCCAAACAAAAAAAUGUAAAGAAGAGCUCGUCAAUGAAAAUGGAACAUCUUCGAAAGUAGUUUCAUUAAAGCGAAUGCAUCAAGAUAAUUGUGACGAGAAUGACUUCGAGAAUCUGAUUACUGAGAAUCAGAUUUAUGGCAAUAAGAUAGUCGUGAAGGAGAAAUCACAAGGUACUUUACAAGAGCAAGAUUUAAAAAAUAAGGUUAAAACUGAUAAACUUAAUACUACUGAAUCUAAAAAUGUGGUGCUACAGCCAAAUUUUGUCUACUUAAGCAAUGUUCAAUUCCCUGCAAAUUUAAUGAUGAUAAAAAAUAACAGCAAAGUUAACACUGAAAAUAAUAAAACGAGAUCAAUAUCUAAUGAAAAUAAAACAUCUGAAAUGACAACUAUGAAUUUAAGUAACGAUGAAAUAUUAAAAAAUAAUAAGCCAACAGAUAACAAGGAAAUUCAUGUUUUAAAAUCAAACAAUAACUCAUUACAAACACUUUCUAAAACAAAUAAUAAAACGGACUUAGUUUUCCAGACGUCUAACCAAAAAGUAAUUAUGAAUCCUCAGAUAGUCUAUCAAGUGCCAAUGAUAGUAGACUCAGAUAAUAAGUUGAAUCAAACUUUUGUAAAAGGUGAAUAUCCUAAGAUGGUUGGACCAAAUAAGAGAGAAACACAGAAGCCUUUUGAACAAGCAAACACAAACGACAAACUUUUUAUAACCUGUCCUUAUCAAAUGGACUCUAAACUACAGCCCAAGAUUGUGAUAACAAAUAUAAGGCCUAAAAUAUCUAAAAUAGACGAAGUGAGUUCUUUAGAUAUAUAUGAACAAAGAAAAAAGUUGCGUAGGUUAAAGUAUUUAUCAAAUCGUGAUGUGAAAUCGGUAUCCAAUAAUGAAUCCCAAAAACCUGAAACAAAGAAGAUACAAGAUUUCACAAAAAAUAUUAUAACUCCAGAAAAAAUGAAAGCAGAGAUUUAUAAGGAAUUUGCGAACACUAAAAUAAUAAUGCAAGACGAAUGUAAUGAUAGCGACAGUGAUUACAGCGAAGAAGAUUUGCAAACAUAUAAUUCUUUGAUAAAAGAAUAUGGAGAACCUCAUAAUAACAUCGAAUCUAAAGAAAACGAACAAAGAAAAAUAGAGUUUCUCGCUCAUUUUAAAUUAGCUUCUCAAAAUGAAUACAAUGAGAGAAAUCUUCAGCGCCAGGAAAGGAUUUUUAGAACAGAUGCCGUAGCAAGCGCUUAUAUAGCAGCAGGUCGAAUAGACUGUCUUCUUCAAGAAGAAUAUGUAUCUGAAGGCUCUAAUCAUAAUUUAAGUACUGUAAAAGUACACAAUGAUAUCGCAGAAAAAGAAGAAGACACAGAUCAACAUUCCAAACGAAAGUUUUUGAUUAAUCUGAAUUUAAAGAAAGUUACACCACAACAAAAACAAGAUUAUGAAAAAGUGUGGCUGGAAAUUGAAAAAGAGAGGAAACGGAGGGAAGGUCCUACUGUAAAAGGCCAAAUAUUAAAACAACCUACACUUCCGACCAACAUCGUUGAAUUAGACCCUAAAGGCCAAUUAAAAAUACUCACUGAAAUCAAAAAAUGUGUUAAUGAAAACAACAAUCUUAUUAAGAAAAGAAUAGACUCACACGGCGACGACGGGGAAAGCAUUAAAGUUCUUGCUGAAAAGAAUUUCUCAGAAUUGAAUAGAUUGUCUAAAAUGGCAGAUAGAAGUGUGAAGCAUUUUAGCGGUCAAAAUACCAGGAAAAGAGAUUUAAAUCCUGGAUUUGACAGUGAAAAUAUACAAAAUUGUUCUAAUUCAGGAAAGUAUUAUCCAAACAUAAAUAUUCCAAAUAUUACAAAGAUUAUCUCAUUGAAAAGUAUCCAAAGUCCUUGUGUUGCGACGUCCACUCAAGCUACUUCCAUGGAUGAACCACAAAAUUCUGCAGCUGGUGUUAACGAAAUGUUCUGUGAUAAUUUCCAAAAAGUCCAAGACUUUAGCUGCCAAGCAGAUACUUUAAGUAGUUGGCCAGGAAUUGAAGUUAUUGGCAAACUUUAUAAAGACUAUGAAUCAGCGCGGAAAAAAGACAUUGUAGAACUGCACAAACGGAAUACGGCUCUGCGUGUGGAGUCAGCGCACAUCACCCGAGCAGCAUCCCGGGACUCGGACCGUGCGAGAGCUCUCCUCGCCGAACGGAGGAACCUAGCCAACGAAGAACGCAGUGUCCGGAACUCCAUACAAUGGUUAUACACAGUCGUCGAUCUAAUCAGAAGCUAUGACAAUAAAACCAGUUAGACACAAGAUGUGCUCGCGGUUUCUAACACAAUCAUAAAUAUUUGUUUUUUUUUUUCUGCAUCCGAAAUCAGUUAUAGAUUUAAACGAGUAGGUAGUAUGCAAAUUUUAUGACGUUUCGGAACAUCGCGCGUUAGGAUGUGCAGUACAAGAUUUUAGAUAUCAACGGUAGCGUAUUGGCGCGGCACGGCGGCGGCAGGGCAUCACCCCGCGCGCCUCCCUCCCACCCGCAGUCGCUUCAAGCGUAUUUAUGUAUGACCUGCGCGUAUCAACAGCCACAGCUCAUUUCCGAGACGUCAUAUAGAUUGCCUCCAAGGCUAAGGUUAUUCUGUGAAAAAAACAUUAAAAUUAUUUGUGUUCUCAGAUAUUUGGUACUUGCUUAAAUAUGUAAUGUAUACCUAAACACUCUGUUUCUACUAUUAGUUCAUUUAAAAUAAAUAAAAGAACCAACUAUAUAAAAUAAAUGAAUCAAAAAUAAUUAGGAAGUGUUUAUUAAAAAAUCUGCCGCCGGAACAAUUUAUUUGAAAGGCUAGAGGUCAUAAUUUAUCAAAAAACAACAAAACUUCUUGCUUAAAAUCUGUUUUCAACUGUUUAUUAUAGUGAACUAUAUCUACUUACCUACAUAAAGGAACUUUUAAUUCUUAGAUUUGACUAAUGUAAAAGCAUAAUAAAAUCAAAAUAAGUUUGGAGUAGAUAUAUAAAAUAAGUAUAUAAUAAGAUUUAUGUACCUACAUGAUCCAAUUUACUUUUAGUUUUGUAGGUAAUAAAUAUUUUUGUAAUUAUCGUGCAAUAUUAUGUGAAAAUAGAAUCAGGUUGUAAAAUAUAGAUUUGAAUAAACAAUUUAAACAAUGAA